AUGAAGUUUUGCAUCCCACUGACCGCAUUUGUCGCUACCCUCGCGGCAGCGACACCAACCUCUCCUUCCAAGACAAUCGAGAAGCGAGCCACAACCUGGUGUGAUGCUUUCGGUUCUGUUGCUACUCAGGGUUACACCUUUUACCACAACAACUGGGGAAAGGGUGACGCUACUUCAGGCUCUCAGUGCACAACCUUGAACUCUGUCAACAAUAAGAACUUUGCUUGGACUUCUACCUGGUCGUGGGCUGGGGGCCCAACCAAGGUUAAGUCUUACUCCAAUGUCGCACUUGAGAAGAUCAACAAAAAGAUCUCUGAUAUCAAGUCGAUCCCUACAACAUGGACCUGGCGAUACACUGGUACUGGCAUGGUUUCAGAUGUCUCCUAUGAUCUUUGGCUUGCGCCCUCUGUGGGAGCCGCUAACAAGUACGAGAUCAUGAUCUGGCUUGGAUCUUAUGGUGGCGCUGGGCCUAUCUCUGAACAGAACAAACCUGCUAUCGCAAAGCCUACUAUUGCCGGUACUACCUGGAGCCUGUUUAAGGGUCCUAACGGGGACACGACUGUCUUUUCUUUUGUCGCACCCUCUACCAUUGGCAAUUUCAAAGCUGAUCUACUCCCCUUCCUGACUUACUUGACGAAGAACCAGGGCGUUCCUAGCAGUUAUGUUGCCACCAGCUUCCAAGCCGGCACCGAGCCCUUCAUUGGCUCUAACUGCGUCUUUAAAACCUCUGCUUAUACUCUAUCUGUCAAUUAG